AUGCUUUUCGAUUUAUCGUUGACGGAAGUGAAUGAAGAACGAAUAGAACUACCAGAUUCAUUAAUAAAAGAAGCGGUAAAGGAACAGAUAACGUCGUCGAAUGUACAGAUGCAAGGAGCAAAUGCUGAACAAAAGUUACGGAAUCCUGUAUCUCCAAAAAAAAUAUGGAUGAGACGAUAUGUAAUGGAUCAGACGGAUGAAAAGCUGAGUGGUUAUUCGGAACGCAACAAAACUUCCUUUCAAUCAUCGGAUUUGCAAAAAAGUUUGAUAAAUCGUACCGACAAAAAGCCGCACAAUUGUUCAGAAUGUGGAAAACGUUUCUCUCAUUUAUCGGAUUUUAAAAAGCAUAUGCGAACUCAUACCGGUGAAAAGCCGUACAAUUGUUCAGAAUGUGGAAAACGUUUCUCUUAUUCAUCGUCUUUUAAAGCACAUAUGAGGAUUCAUACCGGUGAAAAGCCGCACAAUUGUUCAGAAUGUGGAAAACGUUUCAUUUCUUCAUCAAAUUUACAAAUUCAUAUGUUGACCCAUACGGGUGGAAAGCCGCAUGGUUGUCCAAAGUGCAAAAAAAAUUUCUCUCAAUUAUCAACUUUACAAAGACAUAUGAGGAUUCAUACCGGUGAAAAGCCGUACAAUUGUUCAGAAUGUGGAAAACGUUUCGCUCAUUUAUCGGCUUUUAAUACACACAUGAGGAUCCAUACCGGUAAAAAGCCGUACAGUUGUUCAGAAUGUAGAAAAUGUUUCUCUGAUUUAUCGGGUUUUAAAAAACAUAUGUGGGAUCAUACCGGUGAGAAGCCGCACAAUUGUUCAGAGUGUGGAAAACGUUUCUCUGAUUCAUCAACUUUCAGAGAACAUAUGAGGAUUCAUACCGGUGAAAAGCCGUACAAUUGUUCUCAAUGUGGAAAACGCUUCCCUCAUUUAUCAACUUUUAAAGCACAUAUGAGGAUUCAUACCGGUGAAAAGCCGUACAAUUGUUCAGAAUGUGGAAGACAUUUCUCAGAUUCAUCAACUUCAAGAAAACACAUGCGGAUUCAUACCGGCGAAAAGCCGCACGGUUGUUCCGUAUGCGAGAAAAGAUUUUCUCGCAAAAGUGUUUUGAAUAGGCACAUGAAAAUUCAUCGCGAAGAGAGUUCCUCGUCCAAUUGGACUGUAUGCAACCAAGGCAAUUCAUUAUGA